CUAGUUCUCAUUACCGGCGUCAGCCCCAACUCUCUCGGCUCCGACACAGCUCGAGCCAUCGUCGCCCAAAAGCCAGCCAAACUCCUCCUCGCCAGCCGCUCGGCGGACAAGCUUCAAGAGGUCAUUACCUCCCUCGAUGUCCCUCAGCAGACUACCGUCCAACCCAUUGUGCUUGAUCUCUCCUCUCUGGAAGCCACUCGCGAAGCCGCCGAGGAAAUCCGCGACUCUGUAUCCGUCCUGGACGCCGUCAUCUGCACUGCCGGCGUCAUGGCCACGCCUUCAUAUGAGACCUCGAAAGAUGGCGUCGAGAUGCAAUUCGCCGUCAACCACCUCGGGCACUUUCUCCUCGUCAAUAUGUUGAUUGACAAGCUGCUUGCUUCUGAGCAUGGCACUGUCGUAAUGUACACGAGCGAAGCGCAGUCACGCGCCAACUUGGCGUUUUUGGACGAUUUGUCGUACAAUGAGGGUAAAGCGUACGAGAAGUGGACGGCCUAUAGCAAUUCCAAGGCUUGCAAUGUGCUCUUUUCGGUGGGAUUGGCGAAGCGCUUUGGAGAGGCUGGACUGCGCUCUUUCAGCGUUGAUCCGGGUGUCAUUGUUUCCACGGGGCUGACGAGGAGUGUGCCGAUGGAGGACUUCAAGACGCUUGGUAUGUCUCUUAUACUUCUCAGUCACGGCUUAUGGGAUGCUGAUAAGCGUGUCAUUAGGCUGGAUUGA